AGGUGGUCCCAAAAUGAGAGGAGAGUGAGGCUGUGGAGAGAGGGACUGGGAGGACAGAAUUAGAAAAGAGCAGAGAGAAGGGACAUUAUGUUUGGCUUCGCUAUGCUGUUGCAUCUGAAAAAAAUACUUCUAUCCAGUGUUCAGAAAUUAGAGAGAUGAGGUUUUUGAGCAAACCUGCAGACAGAUUUGGAAACUGCUACUUCUUUCACCACAUAAGGAAUCCAGAUAGAUCAGCCUGGAGCCAACCUGCAGCUGCAUGCCACCUAUACAAGCACUAAAUCAUCCAUGUUAGUCCAUCCACCAUCUACAUUCAGCUCACUCCACUUGGUGAAGAUGUAGUCUCUUUAAUUUCUAUGGAGAUGUCUCUGAACACCAUCUCCUCUGCCUUGCUGCCAUGGUCACUGUGCUUGCUGUUCUUCCAGACCCCCUCCAGUCAGGUGACAAGCUCUGUCCCAACAUAUGUCACCUCUCUGCCAGUUAAUACCACAUUGUUGUUCGAUAGUGGCAACCUUCGUAAUUGUAGCUGCUCUACACUGGUCCGGGACUGUGACGAGGCUCUGGCCAACUCGAUGUGCAGAUGCCACACGGUUCUACGCUCCUCCCUGUCCCCUGCUCAGCUCAGAGAACCUGGACAACUCACUGUCUGGGUAAAGGAACUCUGGGUCCUAGAAGAGCUGCUGAACAGCAGCAUGGUUGGUCAUUUAUGGUUAUCUUUUUGUGGAGUAAAACCAGUAAAUAGUCAGUUUUUGGCUCUGCUGGGUCUACAGACUCUCAGGAUACACAGCACAGCACCAGAGGCUUCCUACCCCAAUCAGGAAAUUAUUGUCUCUCCCCCAGCAGGGGUUGUAGCAGAUCUCGAGGCCCACUCCUUUGACUUCUCCUCAUCCUUUCACAUGACCUUUCUAGAUGUAGCAGUGCUCAAUGGGCUCUCUGCCCUGAAGGCUUACAGUGUGGAAGGAUCACUUGCCUCUGCCUUCUCCCAGCACUUCCCCCACUUGGCCUUGCCCUGCACUCUGUUAUACUCUGCUGCUUCUGAUCCUGUGGAACCCAGUGAGCAAACUGUAGAACCUCUACAGGACUUGCUCAUUACAUUUGUGUACUAACAGCUGCUCAUUUAAAGACCAGGUCAAGACCAAAGUCAGUUCUUCAGUACAAGUAACAAAAGAAGUGCAGGAAUUAUAUUUUUGUUGCACAUCUGUGUUUGUGGAAUAUAUUGCAUUUUGUAUGACUGGAUGCUCUGCUGUCAUUCUGGCCUAAAUGUGGAAUUGACUUGUGGUUCAGAAGAGGCUGAUAUAUUUCUCUACUUGAUGCAUUGUUAUCAAGGAAACAAUUGACUUUUAUGUUUUACGUGUGUGCUACCUUCCUACCUUCCUGAUGUUGUGUUUCUAUCCAUGAGAGGAACUGCUGUAGAAAUUUCUACACCUAAAAUGUAGGUAGACACAAGGUUUAGGAAUGUUUAAACCAGCUAGUUUUCUAAUAUUUCAGGUCUUAAUAUUUUGGGUAUCAUUCCAUGAAAUAUGCAAUGCUGAUUUGCUACUCUCUUAUCCUCAGAUCACAACUGAGAUCAGUUGUGAUCUGAGCUUGUCAACUUCCUGGAACAGCUGCACUUACAGGUGUAUUUACAUAUAUAAAACAUUAUCUCAUAUUAUUCUGACAGUUCCCAGUGACAGAGGAGUGUUUUACAAGCACAUUCAUAUUCUAAUUACAAAGGUUUGUAGCACUUGAGGCACCCAAUAAUUUAAUUUAAUGAGUAAACUUAAAAAAAUAAAAGAAGUAAAAGUUGUAACUGGUGGCUUCAUAAAAUGGUUGAAUUCCUGAUUCUAAAUCUAAUCCUUUUUAGAUCAUUUGGAAGCUAUUAAUUACCAGUAGUGGUUUACUAGCUUGUCAAACAAGUCCAUUUGGCAGAUUGGUAAUAAUGCUCUUCUAAAUAUUCAUUAUUGACUGCUUAAUGGGAUCCCACUUUCUAAUUAGUUACUGUAUAAAGCAUUAGCAAAUGAUUAAGUGGCAAUUAAUAAAGCCAUUAAUAACAGCUUAGGCACCUUGUAUAAAAGGUGCCUCAUAAGAAAAUUGCAUGAAAGAGGUCACUACCAGCCAAACGUAUUUUAACAACCUGGCAUCCCCAAACUUUUCAUUAUGAGUGACUUCCAACUGAAACAUUAGUAAAUGAUUUAUUAACCACAAAAAAAUCACUAAUUACAAAUGCUUUAUAAAGGGUGAAUUAGAAUUAGAAAGUGGUACCCAUAUAUUUUUGUAGACACCAAUGACUUUAUGGAAAAGUUGCUUAGAUAUAGUAAAAACAAAUAGUAAUUGGGUUGAGGUGUUAACAUGAUUCAUUAUUGGCACAAUCCAACUGUUGCUUCAGUUUCUCAUAGUUUGCUCUUAAAUGGAGUACUCCUCAAAUCAAUAAUCUGCAGAUGUGUUUGUAAACACUACUCUUUGUGGAUAAUGGCCUGAAAAUAUUUGUCCACUGUUUACUGUCUCCUCAACCUACAUUUGAUCUAGAUGACAGGUUGUGACAAGAAACUGGUUUUAGUAGACCUGAGAAAGGACCAAAAAUCCGCACAUUGUCUGUUUAUGAACCUUUCCGAUAAGGGUCGGAGGACUGAAUUUUUAUUUUAAAAAGUACAAGUGAUCUACAGUAAGCAGGACUUUGUGGUCUUUUUCACAGUUACAGUCUUUAUGAAGACUUUCAGGAGAACAAGAACUAUAUGUGUUACUGAUUUACUAGCAUACUAAUCACUGAAAAUUAUCUGGGGUGAUGAGAUAUCAAUUAAACAUAUGAUGACUGUAAAUGUAUAGGCACAGCUGUGCAGACAGACUAUGCUCUGAUCUGCCUUCUGCCUUCUAGAGCAAUAUCUAAAACAAACCACAUGCUUGUUUUCUGUGAAAGAUGAGAUGUUUAAUUCCAGCUGUGGGUGUUGGCUCUUUAUCGUCUGCCCUCAUUCAGGUGUUGUCACGUAAAACAGAGCAGCAGGAUAGCACUGACAGUAGGGAGGAGGCCUUAGACUGGACCUGGAGUUGAGUUCUUACAUUUAACAUGCAAUAGUAGACCUUUUUUGAUAGUUCAUAUGAUGUUUUAAUUAAACAUUUCAUUGUAUAAAUUUGUGUUAUCUGAAAUCAUCAAAAAUUAACUUUCAUGCGUCAAAGGGUUGUUUCUGUGACACAUUUGAGUCAAUCAAACAAGAUUAUAUUGAAUGAAAAGUGAACUUUUUUAAAGUUUGCAUACCAGGAUACAUAAUGUGCUCUUUCAGUAACAUUUUGUGGCUUGUGUUACACCUGCUACAUGUUAAAAUAGUAUAGAGGACAGUGCAUAAAAGCAGGGCGUACCAUGACAGCUGACUGCAGUGAGGGCUGGCUAGAACACUUCUAGAGUAUCUAAAGUUGGGUCAGAGCCUGCACCAGAGCUGAAUAAUGCUAUUUUGUCUGGGAGGAAGCACUGAGUGCUUUGUCUUUUAAAACAUGAAUUACAGUAAAUACUGACUGUUGUCAAGAUAUAGGUACAACAACUGAAAAAAAUGUGAUUGUGUAAAAAAACAAAAAUAGAGAAGACAAGGACUGUGUCAGUAUGCUGUGGUAUGAGCCAACUGAGAGGCUCAGUAGGCUCACUGUUAUGAAGACUACAUUCUGCUGCUGCGUUUUUCCAGCUGGUCUUAUUGAAUGCAGAUGGCCUAAUAAAACAAGCUGUUUUGAAACAGGUUAAAAUGGACGCCCAAUGAACAAAAGUCCCAGGGUUACAAUCCUCUGUUACUCAGCAACAAAUCUCACUCUGUUUGGAUAAAUAUAUUAAAAUAAUGACUGUGACUCUGUU